AUGUACGAGGUCUCGUGCGUUGCCGGCAACAAAGUAGACGCUGCCUACGCAGUCAAGAGCUUGUCGAACGUGAUACCAUCAGGGAUGGGGCACACGGUGUCUGUGCAGCGCCACCAUGCGCACUCACAAUCUUACAAACAUAAACCUGAACUUCCUCCGCCUGUGAGUAAGCCUGAUGCCUUGAAAUCUCAUGUGAUGAGGCUCUUGAAGAGAUCGAAGAGCCACACUCCAGCUACCAGGGCGGCAGAGAACCAAAGCGAUCCGAGGAAUUUCGACAGGCGCACGGUAUUCACUCGACCUGUUGUCGAUGAACAAAGACGAAGGAGGAACUCCUCCGAACGUCGUCGGAGUGCUGAUAAACGAGUGAUGGUGACGAUCGUGGACGGUCUACCGGUUGUUGUAACUGGACAAAACCAAGUGCCACAGCCGCCUCAGCAUCCUCCGCCAGUCACUCCGCACCAUCGACACACGCAUAAGGUAUGA